UAUAUAAACCGUAUUAUAUGUGCGUGUGCGAGUGUGUACGUGUGCCUGUUCGUUCUUGUGCGUGCUUGUGUAUAUAUAAAAUACUCUUAACAAUCCAUAGUAGAAGAGAAUAAAUAUUUUCUAUUUUCUUUUUUUUUUUUACGAUCAACAAAAUUUCGUUUUGCGCGUUAAAUAUGUAGUUAUUGUAUAACAUAAACGACGAAGGACUUUCGGAGUAUUAUAAAAUCUUCGGUGUGAAUAAUUUUCUUGGAAACGAAUAUACAUUUAUAUUUAUAUAUAUAUCUAUAGAGAGAGAUAGAGAGAGAGAAAGAAAGAUAGAGAGAAUUAGAGAGAGAGAGAGAGAGAGAGAGAGAGAUAGAGAGAGUUUAUUAACGAAAAAGAAAAUCGGUAAAAGCUAGGCGGCUUAGUUAGCCAUUUCUCUCGGAGACUUCGAGGAGACCUCAUCGUGCGCUAUCCACAAAAUAAUGUCAAUUUUAUUCUUGUGAAUAACGAAGAUAUUAAAAUAAGGAAGAGAGAGAGAGAGAGAGAGAGAAGGGAGGAGCCGGUAGAAGAAAAUUUUUCAUCCUGAUAGCGAACGAAUAAACCACUCGUUUAUUAUAUUACACACUUCUUCUUCUUCUUCUUCCUCUCGUCGAAUAUAUCCACGUGAAACAUUGAUAUAGGGAAAUAUAUCGUGUGGGCGAUAAGUAAACGAGUGGGGGGAACGGAAAAAUAAAUUAAAAAGAAAAAAAAAUAAAUAAAAGACAGAAAAAGAAAGAGAGAGAAAAGAAAACAAACAAACGAAUAAAUAAAUAAAUAAAAAAAAAAGAAAUACGAACGAAAUAAAAAUAUUUCAAGAUGAACAAAAUGGAUUACAUGGAAGUGACUUGUCCAAAUUACUCGUACGUCUUUAAUUUCGAAGAAAAGUUUAUGCAUCAGGAUACAAGAGCAUGGAUGUUGAAACAUUGGACAAGUGCAUUUUAUUAUUGUGGUAUAUAUAUGAUAUUAAUUUUUGGUGGUCAACAUUACAUGGCUAGUAGACCGAAGUUCGAACUACGAGGUAUACUCACUCUAUGGAACACCCUAUUAGCAUCGUUCUCCAUUAUUGGAUUCACCAGAACGGCGACUGAAUUCAUUCACGUGCUCAGGAAUCAUGGACUUUAUUACAGUGUUUGUAUACCAAGUUUCAUCGUUCAAGACCGAGUGUCGGGCUUUUGGACAUGGAUGUUCGUGUUAUCGAAGUUACCGGAGCUAGGUGAUACCGUGUUCAUUGUUCUACGUAAACAACCGUUGAUAUUUUUACAUUGGUAUCACCAUAUAACCGUGUUGCUAUAUUCAUGGUUCUCAUAUACGGAAUACGCGUCAUCGGCAAGAUGGUUCAUCGUAAUGAAUUAUUGCGUUCACUCGUUGAUGUAUAGCUAUUACGCAUUAAAGGCUAUGCGUUAUUCGCCACCAAAAUGGAUCUCGAUGCUGGUCACGGGAUUGCAAUUGUCACAAAUGGUGAUGGGCUGUGCCAUAAACGUGUGGGCUUAUCAGUACCUGAAACAAGGACAGUCGGAGUGUCACAUAUCACGAUUAAACAUCAGGCUUAGCCUGGCUAUGUACUUCAGUUAUUUCGUCCUAUUCGCACAGUUCUUCCACAAGGCCUAUUUGGGCAGAGACUCCUCGAGAAAAUCUAUGAAGAAGUUAUAUACUAACGGUAUGAUUACGGCGUCUUCGUCUACCACGUCUAUGACGAUGGAAGACCAUAUGGUCGUACCAACGAAAUACGCGAAUGGUAAACUGAAGGAAAAUUAAGAAGGCAACAACAAAGAAGAAGAAUUUCAGAGAAGAAAAAAUAAAGAAGAAGAAAAAGAAGCUAGAACAGUGAAAUAAAAUGAGAGAGAGAGAGAGAGAGAGAGAGAGAGAGAGAGAGAGAGAGAGAGAGAGAGAGAGAGAGAUAACACACACACACAAAAUAACGCAUAACAAUUAUGGUGCUCGCUAAAUGAGAAAGCAAAUGAUAAUUGUUUAAUGGACAAGGCUUUCUUCAUUAAAAGCGAACCAACAACAACAACAAGAAAAACAACAAAUUUUUAGCUCUUAAGAGCAGCAAGCCUCAACCCUUCUCGCCCUUUUUACCACCGGCUCAUCCAGCUUUCUUUUUUGUUUGUUUGUUUGUUUGUUUGUUUGUUUGCUUCUUUUCUUUCUUUUUUAUUUUAUUUUACUAUUACUAUUACUAUUACUAUUAUUAUUACUAUUACUAUUACUAUUAUUAUUAUUAUUAUUAUUAUUAUUAUUAUUAUUAUUACUAUUACUAUUACUAUUAUUAUUAUUAUUAUUAUUAUUAUUAUUAUUAUUAUUAUUAUUAUUAUAUGUAUAGGUAUAUUUUUUUUUCUUUUUUUUGUCGUUUCUUAGUUGGAACAUUCUUUUCGCGGUAUCCGUGCAUUAUUGUUCAAUAUAUUCCUUAAUAGAUUUUUUAAAUAAUUAUAAUAAUCUUCUUUUCUUUCUUUUUCUUCUUAUUAUAUUAUUAUUAUAUUAUAUUAUUAUUAUUAUUAUUUUAUUUUAUUUUAUUUUAUUGUAUUGUAUUAUAUUACAUUUUAUUUUUGUUUUCUUUUUGGGAUACACCGUUACUAUAAUUUUUCUUUUUCUUUUUUUUUUUGCAUUAACUGCAAUAUAUAUGUAUAUACACAUAAGUAUGGAGUCAGACUAUUUUCAAGGGAUUGUAGAGAUUGAGGGUGGUGGUAAAAUAGCGAGGAGAUAAACCUCAUAGAAUAAUUUUCAUUCCCACCUCCUAGAGGAUAACUGAAUAGAUAAUAAUAAUAAUAUUAAUAAUAAUAAUAGUAAUAGUAAUUGAUAAUAUUGAUGAUUAAUAAUGAUGAUGAUAAUUAAUUAUUAUCGAAUCUCUUUCUCUCUUUCUCUCUCUCUCUUUCUCGUUAGGGUUUCUUGUUUUUUCUUUUUUUAUUUUUUAUACAAGACCGCACAAAUUAAUCUCCAUAAUUAUUCGCCGAUUUAAAUACGCUGUCUUCGAUCACGCCAAUCGAUCGAGAUGAUCCAUUUUUUAUUUUUUUAUUUUUUUUUUUUCUAGAUUUUGAACUUCUUCCCGUCUCCCUCCAUUCUUUCUCUCUUUCUUUCUCUCUCUCUCUCUCUCUUUUUUUUCUUUUUAAUUGGACGGAUAGAAAUAAUUGCAAAGGAGGGAAUUAUAAAGAGCGAGAGAUUGGCAGACGGGUGGGGGAGGAGAAAAUUUUGAAAAAAUCAAUAAAAAUAAUAAAAAAUAAAAAAAUAACAAAAGAAAUAAAGUACAUCUUGACAAUAUGACGGAUUCCUUGGCUAAAGUUUCCAUUAGCAAUUUAUUAUUAUUAUUAUUAUUAUUAUUAUUAUUAUUAUUAUUAUUAUUAUUAUUAUUAUUGUUGUUAUUAUAAUUAUAAUUAUUAUAAUAAUAAUUAUUAUUACUAUUUUGUUUCCUUUUCUUUUUCCGACUCACUCUCCUCGUCGGCCUAUAAAAUAUUUUCCUAAACGUAACAGGCGUAUUCCUAAAACAUAACAGGUCGAUCAAUGAUAGAAAAAAGAAGAAAAAUAAAAUAAAAAGAAAAAAAAAAUGAAAAGAAAAACAAAAAUACAAAAAAUGCGACAAUGAUAAAAUAAUAAUUAAAUAAAUGACUAAAUAAAUAAAAUUAAAAAAAAAAAGUAAUCUAAAAUAAAUAAAAAGAAAAGUCGAGGAGAAGAUGUGAGUCACGUAUGAAAUAAGAUUCCCCUUUGACACAGGCGUUUUAAGAUUCUUUAAUGAAAAGGAAACAAACCAACAAACAAACAAAAAAUAAAUAAAUAAAAAGAAAAGAACGAAAAAAAAAGAAAGAAAAAAAGAGAGGAGAAAGAAGAAGAUUCUUUGAAUCUAAUUGCAUCGACGUUUAUAUACAUACAUAUAUUAUAUUACGCUACCGUUCGAUAAGUUAGAGUUCGAUUCGUUCGUCGUCGUUAUGUUCUCUCGUAUGCUAGAAAGAUAAAGACAAAGAUAAAGAGGGGAAAAGAGAGAGAGAAAAUGAGAGUGAGAAUGAGAAUAUGAAUGUGAGUUGCACUUGUACUAAAUGAGAAUGAUAAUUAAUGUUGAAUGCGAUCGAUCAAAACGUGUCUUAGAUCACUUGGGUAGUUUUUUUUUUUUUUUCUUUUUUUUUGUGGAAA